GCUUGAGGUAAAUCUUUUGAUUGCUUUAUGAACAAUCUAUAUUGCUUAUUACGACGACGAGAGUAUUUUAUGAUUUGUUUAUACGUAGCCUGUCCGUUUUAUGUUGUACAUACUUGGUGUUUGUAUUUCCUUCUCAACUACGGACACAUAACUGGAAAUAUAACACAACAUGAUACGCUCAAAAGCUCUCACGCGGGGUAGAUUUGGGUACUCCAGCACAAGAACGUUGAAGCAUUUUGUAAGUAGGGAAGAUGGUAAACAUACACAUGAGGAUAGAUAUGGAGAAACAAUCAAGAAUUUGAAGAUUGGAAGCCAUACUAGAGUUAUAUUCCAGGGUUUCACAGGUAGACAGGCCACAGCAAAUGCAAAAGAAUCAAUAGAAUGGGGAACUAACAUAGUUGGUGGUGUGACACCUGGAAAGAGCGGGGAGCAUUUGGGAUUACCAGUUUUACCUACUGUAAAGGAGGCAAUGGAGCAACUUAAACCAGAUGCAACUGGAAUAUACGUAGCAGCUCAUCAAGCACCAAGCGCAAUUGAAGAAGCUAUUGAAGCAGAAGUUCCUCUUAUUGUUGCUGUCGCUGAACACAUCCCUAUUCAUGAUAUGUUAAGGAUACAUAAUAUCCUGGACACUCAAUCAAAAAGUCGAUUAGUUGGUGCCAAUGCUCCAGGAAUCAUUUCAGCAAUUGGAAAAUGUCGGAUUGGUUUCCAACCCCUUUCUUGCUUCACACCAGGUCGUAUAGGUAUUGUCGCUAAAUCGGGAACUUUAAGUUAUGAAGCCGUCGCAUCAACGACCAGGGCUGGACUUGGUCAAAGUCUUUGUAUUGGAAUGGGUGGUGAUGUAUUGGCUGGCACUAAUUUUGUGGAUGCUUUAAAGAUUUUCGAAUAUGAUGAUGAUACUGAAGGAAUCGUUAUCAUUGGUGAAAUUGGUGGUGAAGCAGAACUUGAAGCUGCUGCCUGGAUUAAGGAAUGUAAAAAACGUUCCCCAAAUCCCAAACCUAUUACUGCACUGGUAGCUGGUGUUCAUGCGGCUCCUGGUAGAGUCAUGGGUCAUGCUGGAGCUUUUACUUUGCCAGGAGAACCUGAUGCGUUGACAAAAAUCAAGGCUUUCGAAGAUGUAGGAGUUACUAUGGUCAAUCAUCCAGCCAAAUUUGGAAAUGCUAUGAAGACUUUACUAGAGAGCUCCGGAAGAUCAAGUAAUAGCAUUUCUACAGGUAACUAUUCUCAAAAGCGAGGUAUGCACACAAUGAGGGUACGCCCAACACCAAGGAUUUCACAAAUGAACAUGACACAAAGAAGAACCAUAUAUCUCAAAGAGGUAGAUGCGUUUAAAUUGCUCGACGGAAAGAAAGUCAUUGGAAGAUGGCAAACAUACCACAUCGCUAUUGGCAUCGAUCGAAGUAACCGAUGUCCAUUUUUAAUACUACAGAGGCCGGGUGAACAGAAUGAGUCCUCUACAAAAUCGAUAAAGCUUCCAUUUUCAUACGAUACUGCCAGAAUGUCUGAUGUACUCGAUAAGCGCAGCUCUCAUUUGGGGUUGAGACCUCUUCAAAGCAGGUUGUUGAAAUCACUCAUUUUCGACUUGUAUGAACUUUUCAAAGAAAAAGAAGCCUUCCUCCUCGAAUGCGUCGUACAAAAUCAAAGAGCAACGGAAUUAAAAGGUCAACAGAGAAUGGUAGUUGUGAAUUCACUUUUCGGUUUCGAUGACGCCGCCUUUAAAAGUUCGAAUCGGCAAUCAGAAAUUCACUCUCUUCCCCGCGCAGAUAUUCAAGAUCCUGCCGAAACAGCUGCUGAAAAAGACGGUAUAAUAUACAUCAAACUUGCCGGUGAUGGUAAUAUUGGAACAUUGGUGAAUGGUGCAGGGCUGGCUAUGAAUACUGUAGAUGCGUUGGCGGAUGUGGGAGGGAAAGCUGCAAAUUUCUUGGAUACUGGAGGGAAAGCGACGGCGGAAACGGUGAAGAAAAGUUUCGAGGUGAUCUUGAGAGAUGAGAGGGUGAAGGUGGUUUUUGUCAAUAUUUUUGGGGGUUUGACUUUAGGAGAUAUGAUUGCUGAGGGGAUACUCUUGGCUUUUAAGGAGUUGGGAGUUAAGGUGCCGGUGGUUGUUAGAAUUAGAGGGACGAAUGAGAAGGAGGGGCAGAGGAUUAUUGCUGAAAGUGGAUUGCCACUAUAUGCAUAUGAUGACUUCGAUGAAGCGGCGGCUAAGGUGAUAGAAUUGGCAAACUCCAGUGGAGCUUGAGACUACUUUUAGAUUUAAGUGGUAUAAAUAUAUCAAGAUAUUUUCGACACUUUAGUGUCUCAUCCGCAGAGAUAGAUAUCCUACCGGAGAUAUACCAAGGCGACGCGAUCUCCCAAGAGUUUAAGAUUUGAGGAACAUUUGCAUGAAGGGUAGCUCCGCAUGUUAGACAAGUACAAAUCUUUCCGGAAUUCGCAUUCAAAUUCCAUCUCAAGAAUACAAAUUUUACUAUUGCCAGUCCACUAUCAUCACCGUCUUCAACCUGCUAUUCUCACCGCUCAACUAGCAGUCGUGGUGCUUUAAAUGCUCAAAACUAAAACCCAUCUCAAACCCGUCGCAAACCCUGAAAGCAAUUCCGCUCUCCAAACAAACUGUCUCUCAUCUAUCUUAUGCCAGGUUGCAUUAUCGUGUAGAAGCAUAUACUCGUCUGAGAUAUUGAAUUCCUUCUUUGUGUCGUCUGGAUUUCUGCUAUCUCAUCGUGUGAAUUGGCAGCGAAGUUCGUUUAUCGCUGAAUUGUGAAUAUAUCACGCUAGAUAUCUGAUCUAAGUUUUUCGUCUAAUAUUUUGUGUCGUGGUGUUGUCAUUUGAUUACACUCCGAUUUUGGGAUUUAGUAUCGUUAGCCAAAUUUUAUCGUCCGAAUUUAUGAAGAAGUUGUUGUCUAUACCUAGGUACUUGAAGUUUCUACGGAUAGCUAUAGUGAAAUAUAGGGUUCUUGGAUUCCUAUUGGAUGGAAUGUACUAAGGUGUAUCUGAUUUGUCAAUUCUUGAGCACAGUUAAUUCCAGGAUUACCAUAUGAGCUGCGUUUGUACCAUAUAGUUCCAAGUUGGUGAUGAAGAGGUAA